AUGCUUGGGCUGAUUAUUAGGAAAUUGAUAGAGCGAUGGUACUGGACGGACGUUUUCUGGGGUGGGAAUAGAGAUAUCGUCCUGGUGGAGAACUUGGCCGAGACUAAUACGACGAAGGAUAGGAAGAGAAAUAAGCGGGAGAUUGGGAAGAUUUUUCAGUGGUUGGGAAGGGGUGUUGUUCGGCAGGAUGAAAGGAGAGAGGAAGAGAUGGUGGAGAUGCAGAGGAAGUUUGAGGAGCAGCAGGAGGAGGGAGGCAAGAAGGAGGGAGAGAGUAAAACGGAGGAAAACGAGACAGAAGGGGAGGAAGGAGACGAGACUGGAGAAGUUGAGACCGAGGAAGAUAGGAUCGAAGGCUGA